AUGGCUGUUUUCAGCAUUAGCUUAACUCUGGGGCCGAUCGUCUGCGGCGCCUUCAUCGUGGUUUUUCUCUUCGGGAUUCUUUGCAUGCAGACGACGAAUUACUUCAAAUCCUUCCCAAACGACCAUCCAUAUGUCAAAUGUACUGUGGGUCUUCUCUACACACUGCAAUUAGGGUACACGAUUUGUAUCUGUGCGGGUACUUAUGGCAUGACUGUCGAUGAUUUCGGCCAAGUUUUCCGGCUGCUUUUUAGCCCUUGGGGGCUCACAGUGGGAGUCGUACUGGGUGCCCUCGUCGACCACGGUGUGCAGACAUUCUUCGUGUAUCGAAUCUAUAGAGUCACUCGGGCACUCUACUUGUGUAUAGUGCUCUGGGUUCUCGUCGCCUGUCUCCUCGCUGUGUCCCUUAUUCUUGGCGCUGAAGGACUUCGCACUAACAGCCUCGCCAUCUCCACCUCCAAUCCCAAGUACCACCGCCUCUUGUUGAUCCUUUUCUUUGGCGAUGCUGCAAUGGAUUUGCUCAAUGCUGCUGUCUUAUGCUUUUAUUUGGCUAGACAACGCCAACGGGCAUUUAGUCGAAGCACAACGGCGAUUGUCGAUCAACUGGUCGUUUACACUCUUCAGACCGGGUUCAUGACAAGUCUCGUUGCUCUUGCAGCGGCUAUUGGAUUCAAGGUCGCUCCGACCAACUAUAUAUGGGUUACGUUCUUUAUGGCUAUGCCUUGCUCUUUCAUGAAUGCACUCCUGGCCAACGUCAAUAAUCGAAGAAACCUACAAAGCAAUGGGAAAAAAUCAAACAAUUCAACAUCACUUGGAGGAGGCACAAGUGGACAUGCAAGUACAGCCGGAGCACAUCCAGAUACCGAAAUCUCAAGGAACAUUGUGUUUGCGAGACGAGAUACCGUCUCUUCAAUGAUCAGUACAAUGACACCCCCGUCUCGCAGGGUUGAAGUGGGGGUCAUCCGGGAAGAUGAGGAGUUUGGAGACAUGGAGCUAGAUAAGAUGCGAGAGGGCAGAGUGUUUGAUAUCGGACCACAAGCUGUAUAA